GGGAUGCGUUGAUUGACAUGAAAACUAAAUUAAAUGCUUCUAGUAAUCAGCUUGCUGAUUGGAAUCAGAACCAGGUUAAUCCUUGCACUUGGAAUUCUGUUAUUUGUGAUGGUAACAACAAAGUCAUUCAAGUAACUUUGCCUAACAUGGGUUUUAAUGGAAUCUUGUCACCAAGUAUUGGGCAGUUGGCUUAUCUCACUGCUCUAUCAUUGCCAGGUAAUAAGAUUACUGGUAAAAUUCCUGAAGAAUUCGGAAAUCUUUCCAGUUUGAGAAGCUUAGUCUUAGAAAAUAACCAACUAACCGGACAAAUACCAGAUUCUCUUGGCAAGCUUUCUAAGCUUCAAACGUUGAUUUUAAGCGACAAUAAUCUCAGUGGAAGCAUCCCUGAGUCCCUUUCAAAACUUUCGAACUUAAAUGACAUCCGGCUAGCAUUUAAUCAUCUUACUGGACGGAUACCUGAUCGACUCUUUCAGGUUGCUAGAUACAACUUUACAGGGAACAGUCUGAAUUGUGGGGGAAACUUCCCUUCAAUUUGUGCAUCGGAUACAACUGAUACUGGAGGAUCUAACAGUUCGAAGAUCAAAGUGAUUCUUGGAAGCAUUGGUGGAGCAAUAGUUCUCAUUUUAGCUGUUGCUCUAUUUCUAUUGUGCAGAAGGAGGAGAGACGGUUUUAGACAGGAAGCCUUUGUUGAUGUCACGGGUGAAGAUGACCGGAGAAUUGCAUUUGGGCAAUUGAGAAGAUUUGCAUGGCGUGAACUUGAAAUUGCAACUGACAACUUCAGUGAGAAGAACAUACUUGGGCAGGGUGGCUUUGGGAAAGUAUAUAAAGGAGUACUUCAAGAUAGUACAAAAAUUGCAGUCAAGCGGCUAAUUGAUUAUGAAAGUCCUGGUGGGGAAGCUGCCUUUCUACGUGAAGUGGAGUUGAUAAGUGUAGCUGUACAUAGAAACUUAUUAAGGUUGAUAGGAUUUUGCACUACACCAACGGAACGCCUUUUGGUAUAUCCUUUCAUGCAAAAUUUGAGUGUUGCUUACCGCUUAAGAGAUUUUAAACCGGGGGAGCCGGUCAUAGAUUGGCAUAAUAGAAAACGAGUGGCUUUAGGCACAGCUCGUGGACUGGAGUACCUUCAUGAACAUUGUAAUCCCAAGAUUAUUCAUCGAGAUGUAAAAGCUGCUAAUGUCUUACUUGAUGAGGAUUUUGAAGCUGUUGUGGGGGACUUUGGUCUGGCCAAACUGGUGGAUGUGAGGAAGACUUCUGUGACAACUCAAGUUCGGGGGACUAUGGGUCACAUAGCUCCUGAAUAUCUAUCCACAGGGAAAUCAUCAGAAAGAACUGAUGUUUUUGGUUAUGGAAUCAUGCUUCUUGAACUUGUCACAGGACAACGAGCAAUAGAUUUUUCACGCUUGGAGGGGGAAGAUGAUGUAUUACUCUUGGACCAUGUCAAGAAAUUGGUGAGAGAAAAGCGUCUUGAAUCCAUAAUCGAUCGCAAUUUGAACAAGAACUACAAUGUUGAGGAAGUGGAGAAGAUGAUCCAGGUAGCUCUCCUGUGCACACAAGCAACGCCGGAAGACCGUCCAUCGAUGUCGGAGGUGGUGCGGAUGCUUGAAGGAGAGGGCUUGUCGGAGAGAUGGGAGGAAUGGCAGCAGGUUGAGGUCAAUAGAAGACAGGAGUAUGAAAUGCUUCAAAGGAGAUUUGAUUGGGGUGAUGAUUCCAUAUAUAACCAGGAUGCUAUAGAGUUGUCUGGUGGAAGAUGAUUGUUAUUUGUGUUUAGUUGUAUUCAAAAGGCCAAUUUUUUGUUGUAAGGUGCUGCAUUAGCUGGUUUUGUAUUGAAAGUAAUAUUUACAUUGCCAACCUUAGUUUUCUUUUUUUUUUUUUAAUGUGAAUGUUUUUACAUGGAUUCUAUAUUUGUUGGUUUUGAAGAAAUCAAGGAUAGCUAAAGUUUGCAAGAGUUGGACUUGUAGAGGAAGAUAAGCUCAACUUUGUAUCUCUUGAGCUAUAUGUGAGGUGGGUGAUCUUGUAAGCCAAGACUAUGCAAUUAUUAUUACCAUGAUUUUCCUAUGAGCCAACU